CUGGACCGGCUGGGACUUCAGGAAGAUUUCCCUACUUUAUUAAAAACAUAAAUAAAAUAUAUUUUAAGCAUACCUUUUAAGCAAAACGUGAAUAAAUAUGUCUAUAGAAAUUGAAUCUGCCGAUGUUAUUCGGCUCAUCCAGCAAUACCUCAAGGAGUCGAAUUUGAUGAAGACCCUGCAGACACUACAGGAGGAAACGGGUGUGUCCCUUAACACAGUCGACAGUGUGGAUGGCUUCGUGCAGGAUAUAUCCAAUGGCCACUGGGACACUGUCCUAAAAGUAACGCAGUCGUUAAAGCUGCCGGAUAAGAAACUGCUCAAUCUUUACGAGCAGAUCGUCCUGGAAUUAAUAGAACUCCGUGAAUUGGGUGCCGCUAGGUCAUUGCUGAGACAAACAGAUCCCAUGAGCAUGCUGAAACAGCAGGAGCCAGAAAGAUACAUCCACUUGGAAAACAUGUUGCAACGCGCCUAUUUCGACCCAAGAGAAGCUUAUGCGGAGGGAAGCAGCAAGGAAAAGCGUCGCACUGCCAUUGCCCAGGAACUCAGCGGAGAAGUGCAUGUUGUCCCUUCGUCCAGGUUACUGGCUUUGCUAGGACAGGCCCUGAAAUGGCAACAGCAUCAGGGUCUCCUACCACCUGGCACCACCAUUGAUUUGUUCCGAGGCAAGGCUGCUAUGAAGGAUCAGGAGGAGGAAAUGUACCCCACGCAACUGUUCCGCCAGAUUAAGUUUGGCCAAAAAUCGCACGUGGAGUGUGCCCAGUUCUCGCCCGACGGUCAAUACCUGAUUACAGGAAGUGUCGAUGGCUUCUUGGAAGUAUGGAACUUUACAACCGGCAAGGUGCGAAAGGAUUUAAAGUACCAGGCACAGGACAUGUUUAUGAUGAUGGAACAACCCGUACUGGCACUAAACUUUUCUCGAGACUCCGAAAUGGUGGCUUCCGGCGCCCAGGAUGGUCAGAUUAAGGUGUGGCGGAUCAUCACCGGCCAAUGUCUGCGCAAGUUUGAAAAGGCUCACACCAAAGGCAUAACCUGUCUUCAGUUCUCACGUGAUAACAGCCAGGUACUAAGUGCCUCCUUCGAUUUUACAGUGCGUCUGCACGGCCUCAAGUCCGGAAAGAUGCUAAAGGAAUUUAAAGGCCAUUCAUCGUUUGUGAAUGAAGCCACCUUUACGCCAGACGGCCACAGUGUUCUAAGUGCCUCUUCGGAUGGCACAGUGAAGGUUUGGUCCCUGAAAACUACAGAGUGCGUGGCCACAUACAAACCGCUGGGCAACGAGCUCGCCGUAAACACUGUUCUCAUCCUGCCCAAGAAUCCAGAGCAUUUUAUUGUCUGCAAUAGGUCCAACACGGUGGUUAUCAUGAACAUGCAGGGCCAGAUAGUAAGAUCAUUUUCUUCGGGUAAGCGAGAAGGAGGAGCCUUUAUAUCCGCCACUCUGUCGCCCCGCGGUGAGUUCAUCUAUUGUGCUGGGGAGGAUCAGGUGCUGUACUGUUUCUCCGUAUCCUCAGGAAAACUGGAGCGUACUUUGAACGUUCACGAAAAGGAUGUCAUCGGACUGACGCAUCACCCACAUCAGAAUCUGCUGGCCAGCUACAGCGAAGAUGGCCUCCUGAAGCUUUGGAAACCCUAGAUCUAAGCAAUAUUUAAGUAAUUGACUUUCACCCUCCUAGUUUUAGUUGAUAGGCUUUGGUUUUACUACCAAAAUAUAGUAUGCCCCCAAAGA